CCCAGUCAAACAGGAAGUGUCUUACCUGUCUGCAUGCAAAGAGACAGCUCAGUGACAAGCAAGCAAGAGAGACACCUUUCAGCCAAGAGGAGGAGGAGGAGGGAGGAGGACAAGGAACAGGAGCCAGGGUCUUAAUUAAUUCCGACCCAUUACUGCACCACUACGCAGCAAACAUGCCUCUGGGACUGAGAGGCAAGAUCAAAAAGAAGGCUAAGGAGGUAACCUCAAAAUUAGUGGAGAGCGAGGAGGUAAACGACAAGACAGCCGGCAGCAGCGCCGGCAAAUUGCUACCCGAAGCCAACGGUGCGCCCGGUCUGCCUCCCCCGCCCGUCAGCCUGCGCCCCAAACUGGUCUUCCACACUCAGCUCGCCCAUGGCAGCCCCACCGGCAGGAUUGAGGGCUUCACCAACGUCAAGGAACUGUACUCCAAGAUCGCAGAGACUUUCCAGGUUACCCCAGAGGAGAUCCUAUUUUGCACCUUAAACACGCACAAAAUCGACAUGGACAAACUUCUAGGAGGUCAGAUCGGCCUGGAAGACUUCAUCUUCGCUCACGUCAAAGGUUCAAAGAAAGAGGUGGAAGUAUUAAAAUCGGAUGAUGCUUUGGGGCUGACCAUCACGGACAAUGGAGCUGGUGUCGCUUUUAUAAAGCGAAUUAAAGAAGGCAGUGUCAUUGACAAUGUGAAAAUUAUCAGCGUCGGGGACCACAUAGAAUCUAUAAACGGGAAGAAUAUUGUGGGGUCACGCCAUUACGAAGUUGCCAAGAUGUUAAAAGAGCUGGAAAAGGGACUGUCGUUCACCUUAAAGCUUAUAGAACCUUUAAAAGCUUUUGAAAUGAUUGAGCCAAGGUCAAGAGCUGGGAAGACAACAGAUGGCAAAAUUUCCACUGGAAGGGAGACAUUACGGUUACGAUCUAAAGGACCAGCUACUGUGGAGGAAGUGCCGACUGCUUUUGAAGAAAAGGCGAUCAAGAAAGUGGAUGACCUUCUAGAGAGCUACAUGGGCAUAAGAGACAUCGAGUUAGCUGCGACAAUGGUGGAAGCCGGAAGGGACAAGAAUAACCCAGAUGAGUUUGCGGUGGCUUUGGAUGAAGCUCUUGGAGACUUUGCAUUCCCGGACGAGUUUGUCUUCGAUGUCUGGGGAGCCAUUGGUGAUGCUAAGAAAGGGCGUCUUUAAUGUGAUCCACUGACAUUUC